AUGGCCACCUACCCCUCCACGCUAGGCGCUGCUCCUAAAUCAUUCUUCUUGUCCAACUCUCUCUUCAAUAUCAGCUUGGGAACGGCAACUCCUAGCCGUAUCAGCUCGGUGAAGGCCGCUGGAGAGUGCUGGACGAAGCAUCCUGCCUGGACCAAUGUCCGGCAAGAACGGUGGGAGGGUCAUUUGGCCGUGGAAGGACACCUGCCUACUUGGCUGAAUGGCACGUACCUAAGGAACGGGCCAGGUCUCUGGGAAGUCGGCGACCACUCCUCCCACCACAUAUUCGACGGGUACGCCACACUGGUGCGCAUCUCCUUCCGGCGAGGAUGCGCCACCGGAGCACAUCGUCAGGUCGAGUCGGACGCGUACAAAGCUGCCCGGGCGCACGGCCGUCCUCUCCACCGGGAAUUCUCCCAACUGUGUCCCUCGGAGCCUGGAACCCUGCUCGACCGCGUGCGCGACGUCGUCGGCCUCGCAAGCGGCACUUUGCUCACCGACAACGCCAACGUCUCCGUGCUUCCUCUAGGGGAUGGCCGGGUGCUGUGCCUCACCGAGGCCACCAAGGGCUCCGUCCUGAUAGACCCGGAAACUCUCGACACAAUCGGCAAGUUUCGGUACGCGGAUAGGCUAUGGGGCUUGCUGCAGUCCGCGCACCCGGUUGUGACAGGGAACGAGCUGUUGACGCUGCUCCCGGACAUGUUCCGCCGUGGCCAUCGUGUGGUCAGGAUGGCAGCCGGGAGCAACGAGAGGAAAAUGGUCGGGAGAGUGCACUGCCGGGGAGGGCAAGCACCGGGAUGGGUGCAUUCCUUCGCCGUGACGGAGAAGUACAUCGUCGUGCCGGAGAUGCCCCUCCGAUACUCCCUCGCCGGCGUUCUCAAGUCUCAGAUGACACCUUGGUAUCUCUUCGACUGGCUACCGGAGUCUGGGAGCUACAUGCAUGCCAUAUGCAGGUUCACCGGAAAGACUGUGGCGAGCGUGGAGGUUCCUCCGUUCAUGGCAUUACACUUCAUUAACGCAUACGAACAAGGAGAUGCGAUCAUUGCUGACUGCUGCGAGUACUAUGCCGAUCCUUCUGUCAUCAAGGCACUUGCACUGCGUAGACUAAGAUCUCCCGGGAUGAACAAUGAUGCAUUCCCUGAUGUUAGGGUUGCCCGGUUCAGUAUACCACUGGAUGGAACCCUCAUGGGUGAGCUGGAGACUGUGCUGGACCCUGAGGUGCAUGGCCGGGGAGUGGAGAUGCCUUCCAUCAAUCCGGCUUACCAGGGUAAGGAAUACCGUUAUGUGUACGCGUGUAGCGCGCGAAGGCCAUGCAAUUUCUUGAACUGCCUCACCAAGAUCGAUCUUGGGGAGAAAGAGGCCAAGAACUGGCACGAGCUGGGCUCUGUGCCAUCAGAGCCCUUUUUUGUGGCGAGGCCAGGGGGAUCUGAUGAAGAUGACGGGGUUGUGAUCUCCAUCGUAAGCACCAUGGAAGGUGAUGGGUAUGCGCUACUGCUGGACGCCAUGACUUUUCAGGAAAUUGCUCGAGUAAGGCUCCCCUACGGCCUACCAUACGGCUUCCAUGGCUGCUGGAUUCCAGAGAAUGUAUGAGAACGCUGUGUAUUGCCCCUCAGUUCAACAUUGAAGCAUGACCUAUCAAUUACUCCAGUACAUUGAUAUGCAUUCGCAUAAAUAUGCAGAAAUCCACUUCGUAGCUAUGAUAUUAAUUACUAUCCCAUCACCAUGGCAAUGUUGUUCAUAAAAAAACCAUGGGUAAUGUUGUGUGGUACGAUUGCAAGCAUGUCAACAGCACAUGCUUCAUCAGCAAAUGAC